CGAAAAAUUUGGGCAUUUCCUGAAGGCAACAGGGGCGGCUAGAAUGGGGUGAAAACACGAAGCCACCUUGCAAAACUACAGGGGCGCCUGAGGUGCCGCACAGAAAAUCAUCAGUAUUGCAACUGAAGAGAUGAGAGCCUAUGGGAAAGGACUAGGAAGGUCGUGAGUUUGUCAAUUCCUAGAACAGAGUGCAUGCAUGUGCUAGCAGACAAUGGAGUCGCUAGCAAUGAAAGGUGCAAUGCCAGCAGGCCAGAAGCUCAGCAUUGGGCGGACUUCACAGGCAACUCACCGCUGCUGUUCUCAGAGUGCCGCCCUGCAUCAGCACUCCAGAGUCCUCGUCAAACCGCCGGUCUUUCUUUUUUCCCAACCACCUCGCCAAGCCAGUCGCGCACAAAGCAAGGCAGUAUGCGGUGGUAGCCACUUGUGGUGCAGCAAGCACAGUUCGUUCCUGGGUGCGUCCUCACAUUCCCUUCUUGAAGCGGCUUUGCCGCAACGACAACCGCUCAGGCGAGCACUCCUGAUUGUCCGAGCCAGUAAGGGGCCUCUUUCGGUGCCAAAACCACGGGUGCCAAUUGAGGUGUCAAAUAUUCUCACCGUUCUUACCACAGUCUUCUUGGUCACCAGCGAACCCCUCUUCCACUCAGCUGGGCUUACGGGCUCGGAAUUGCAUCGGACCGUUAUUUCCACUCAGGCCAUAGGCUUGUUCCUAAUCCUGGGCCUUACUGUCCAGUCUUACCUAGACCUGCGUGCGCUCCGGGAAGCCACCAGCGGAACGGAAACGGAGCGGCCGAGCGAACCCAGCGAAGCGCAGGCGGAGGUGGUAGAUAACGCGGACCUACUAAAGGAGCUGGGCCGCAGUCAACCCAGCAAAGACGAGCUCAAGAUUUUUGUAACUAGUGGCGAGGGCAAAAAGACGAAGACGCUCCGGUUGGAGGAGUGGAGCUUGGACGGCGCGCGCGACUACGAGUCGCUGAUAGACACCGUCCGAAAGAUCGUGCCGCAACUCACGGCGUACCCGCUCACCGUCCUAUACCAGGUUCGACAAACUGGGGAGUUUUUCCUGCUAGAAGCGGAGGACGACGUCCCGAAGCUGCUGGGCACCGCUGGUUUUGUGUACAUACACCCCUCGCCCAGCUGGGAGUGACAACGCUCCACGAGUUGCAUAGCACGCCUUUGCGAGUUGAAGACGCCACGUCAGCAGCUCAGAUUUGAUCAGCCGCUGCGCCCCACCAGACUCUCAACGCUGUACCACCAUCCGCCCCUUAUAUCCAAUUUUAGUAUGUAUUAAGUUGGUUAGGUCAGGUCAAAAAAGCGUCCCCGAAAGAUGUAUAUGCACAAUAAUCAGCUGUAGAGUACCAUACGUCACCGAGCCCAUGUGGACUGGAAUCUAGGUUGGAGGCCUGUUGGGGCACAAGUUAAGGUGCGUUUGUAUAACCAGAAUAAUGUUGAGAUAAAGUCCAGCAAAGAUGUCUGUAUCUUCGGAGCAGAUCAAAAGAAUCCCCGAAAUGCUGUCAUGCAGUCCCUUACAUUUUCGUCGGCGAGCGGGCUGCAGAAUUUUGUUGGUGCUGUGUCCGAUGCCAGGCAAAUCGCGUACUUCCUUAUGAAGCAUCAGUGGGGCCAGAUAGGACAGCUGCGCACCUAUCGGUGGCCACGCUACGACUCGUUUGAUCGAUAUCGGCAAGGACUUGGCCUUAAAUAAGGCACACGAGGAAACACGUACUUAGGAUUAAGUACGCCACAAAUUAAGGACCCUGACAGCAUUCAUGCUGCGGGCAGGCAUAGUCUACUAGCAAUUCGGGCCAAGGUGACCGUACCGCAUAUGUCGAUUCUGUAGUAGAUUCUUGCUGUCCGUUCCUUUCUCUUUCGAUAUGGUUUCCAUUCGACCUUACCGUUGUCAAUCAAAAUCUGCGGCUUUACAAACUAGUCUUACAGACAAUCUGCGAAUUUUGAAGAAGAUCAAAGCAUGGGGGCGGCCCGGCUGUCCCCACUGGCCCAGGUUCU